AUGCCCGACGACGAUUCGUUUGACAAGUUUGUCGAAGAGAUAUUUGACUCAUUGUAUUCUACCUCCAUAGGAACGCAGUCUCUUCCCCCACCCGAACUCCCGCGGCUUGUGGCCGAACAACACGUGCCUAUCUCGGCCAGCGAUAAAGACACAAAGCGAUUAAUCGUCGUCUUGUCCAAUGCAAGCCUCGAAACUUACAAGGCGGCCCAUAGCGGGAAGUCCGGCAAAGAAGAGAAGUAUUCGCUGUUGAACAGUGACGAACACAUUGGCGUGAUGCGCAAGAUGGGCCGUGAUAUUAGUGAUGCGAGACCGGAUAUCACACAUCAGUGCCUGCUUACGCUCCUGGAUUCGCCCAUCAACAAGGCCGGAAGACUGCAGAUCUUCAUCCACACUGCUAAAGGCGUCUUGAUCGAAGUCAACCCAAGCGUGCGUAUCCCGCGAACCUUUAAACGAUUCGCCGGUCUCAUGGUUCAACUACUACACCGGCUUUCAAUCCGAUCAGUCAACUCUCAAGAAAAAUUGCUCAAGGUCAUCAAAAACCCCAUCACGGACCAUUUACCACCCAAUUGCCGGAAAGUGACGCUGAGUUUCGAUGCAGACGUGGUCCGUGUCAGAGACUAUGUUGACAAGCUUGCUCCCACCGAAAGCAUCUGCGUUUUCGUCGGUGCUAUGGCCAAGGGAAAAGACGACUUCGCCGAUGCCUUCAAAGACGAGUCCAUCAGUAUCAGCAACUACAGUCUCAGUGCCAGUGUGACGUGUAGCAAAUUUUGUCACGCCUGCGAAGACUCCUGGGACAUCAUUUGAUGACGCAUCGGUAUGUUCUACUAAUUUCUCUCACCUACCAGAUAUUUCUCAUCUCAGCGGCACUUCUGCACGACCUGGAUCACAACAUCUGGGCCACGUUGCACGAAACAUUGCCUGCUUUGCAUUGGGGGAGUUGGAUCUGGCGUUUGUUUUCACAACAAGACAUACUUGGUUCAACAUACCUCAAGGCGAUUCCUUUCGUCGGUGAAUCGUAGGUGCAUGUCAACCUGCCCUACAUCUUAAAAGCCAAUAUGGUAGAAUCUACGGAGGACAGAUUUGAUGACAAGACUUGUUGUCUUGUGCGAGAAAUUAUCAUGACUGGACAUCAUAUAGGAAUGGACACAGGUACAUCGAUAGCCAGCUCCCAUGCCCCUUUGUGAUAAGGCCACGGAGAAGAGAGGCCAGCAUUCCUGCUACAUCCAGUACGAACCAAAAUUAGGAGGAGCCUCGUUUCGAUGUAUGACAGCGUCGGGUUGGAAUUCGUUACGCUAGAUUGUCCCACUGUCACCCCAGCACCGUGUAGCUGAUGCCAGUGGCCAGAUGAGAUUAUGCAGCGUAGCUUACAAUACCUAUCAACCCACGCCA